UAUUCGAUGGCGCAUGCGUGACGUAACGAUGAUGAUUACACGUGUAUAUGAAAACGAGGACUUUAAUUAUUUAGCGAAAUACAUAUUCAAAUGUAUAUAAUAUAAUAUCAGAAUUAUACACACAUUAUUCAGUAAAUUUUCUCAAAAUAUAUGAAUUUUAUAAGUGUUAAAUUUAGAACGAAAUACUUAACCUCACUAUGACAACAAAGAAGGAAACAUUUGUUCCUAUCAAAUUACCUUCACAUAAAUCAUUUCAAGGAAAAAAUUUGACAGGAACUGAAUGUUUUGUAUACAAUUUAGCUGCAGAUAUUCAUGCAAAUAUACAACAAUGGAACAGUUUUCAUAUUCAAGGAGUCAACUAUUUAAAGAACAUAAUACAAGUAAAGCGUGACAAAAAUUAUUCUGUAGUUUUACAAGAUCUAUGUGACAAGUUAGAAAAUGUUUGUGAUAAUCUGGAUAGCAUUGUUGUAAACUUGGAGCAAAUUAAAAAUCAAUUGACAGCUAUAACAGCCUUACAGGAAACUGCAAAUAAAUUGUUCAUAACGUGGCCAAUAAACAAAUUUGGUGAGAUAGCAGAAACUAUAUAUGAGGCAUAUCAUAAGGAAGCUAAACAGAAACGUAAUUUACUUGAAAAUAUUGCUCACCAUCAUACGGAAUCUUGGAAAAUGUUUCAUCUUGCAGCAUGGGUACAUCAACCUUUAUUACCUGAAAAUUUAACAAUAUUAUUGAACUCGUUGCUUGUUGAAACUGGUCAUCGAUGAUGACAGUUUCUCAAUAGUAAUAUUUAAUUUUUCCUUAUUUUAAUGUGUCAUUAUUUAAUGAA